GCUGGUUCGCGCGGCAUUGAUAGUGGCGGCAUGUUUGGAUGUUUUAGCCGGUUAUCCGCGAAAGACAGUCGAGUUAUUCAUUCCUCUCUUCCAAAUUGAAAUAUGGGCUGCCUAAACUUUCCAGAUUCCUACAUAAUGUGGAUUGCAAACUUGUGAUGUAGCCCUGAUGUUUUUAUUCCUGUUUGAAGUGAUUAAGAUGUUCUUGGAAUAUGCUGGAGUGGACAUGAAUUCAUUGCAGCUGUUCUGGACAAACAGACGGUAUGGUUCAUCUCGUAGUAUCAUUCGGAGAAUAGGCACCAACCUACCUCUUAAACCAUGUCCUAGAGUUCACUUUCAGAUUCUUCAUAGCCCUAGAGAAGUUGCUCAGAAUUCAUCCGAAGCACAGAAUGGUGAAGUUGCUUCCCUGGCUGAUGUGGGUUGGAUUGCUGGUGAACAAGUUGAUUCAUUUGCAAAACUGAGACCUAUCCACAGGCAAGCUUCCCUGCCAAAUAUGAAGGACUUUAAAGCAGAACCUGGGACAUCCACAGUUGCCAGUGAUGCAGCACUGGAAAAAAUUAACGUACUGGAGAAUGAACUUGCUAAGCUAAGGGAGCAGAUUGCCAUGAUUGUGAUGGUACAAGAACAAAGCAGUCUCUCAGCAGUGAUGCCGGAUGCUGUUCCUCACUGUGUUCCGCCAUUACCACCACCUCCCCCACUUCCACCUCCCCCACCUCCUUUCCAACGGAGUAUGUCUGCAAUUGACCUCAUCAAAGAACGAAGGGGAAAGAAAGCUGACAAUGAACAGAAAAUACUUAAUCCUAAACAUCAAAUGCCAAACAUGUUGGAAGUUCUUAAAGACAUCAACAAGGUGAAACUCCGAUCAGUGAAGAGACCUGUUGAUGACUUGAAGCCCAAACCAGACCAAUGUGCAGAAAAUCCAGCGGCUUUAAUAGCAGCAGCUUUGAAAAGAAAAUUUGCAUAUCGCUACAAUUGUGACAGUCCUGAUGAAAAUUUUUCUUCAAAUUCUGACUUCAAGGCAAGCACAGAACCGCCAAAGUUUGGGCAACAUUUACUGAAGCCAACAGGAAAGAAGAAAUCGUCAUUGGAAAUCACAUCUUGCUCUUGAUCAAAAGCUUGGACAAAAAAAAAAGGCUUGUACCUUUCCUCCAAGAGGGGUUUGGUUCAAGCUAUGAAGCAGUGCUACCAUCUGUCUUCAGUUUUGGAUAUGUAAUACUAGUGACAGCACAGAUUAACAUUUGGUUCGUAGACUUCUUUUAAAUUUAACUGUUGCUCCUUCAUCCGCUCAUGUUGAGAAGACAUUUCUGUAACCAAACUUUAAAUCUUUCAUGUUAGUGUGCUAGUGUUUCUGUGUAUAUCCUAAGUUCACUUUAAAAAAAAAUGGGCAGCUGUUUUAAUUGUGCUUAACUAUGGGAGUGGAGUAGUACUGAAGUCUAUCGACUUUUUUUGCUUUGAUCGCCACUAAAACUGGAGAUCAUGCUUUAAUGCAACUUUAAAGCCCCAUAUAAAAUGGUUGCAAAGUUUGUGUCCUUAUUCGUCUUUAUUUUAAAUUGCUGGUAUCAAUGCUCAUCAUAUCAUCAUAGUCAUAGCUGUAGGAGGCCUGAUCUGACAUGGUUUUGCUAACAUUACUAGCGUUAACAUUCUUCAUCAACCCUACUUUUAAACCAGCCCUUACUGACAAGUUUUUUAAAAAGCGAUUAAAAUUUACUUCUUUUAUUUCUAUGUUGUAAAGCAUCUUGGAAGUCUAACUCUUUAAUGCAAAUUUGAUUGCUUAUGCAUAACAACUAUCAUAUUAGUAAUUUUGCAACGUGCACAGCUUUGGAUUGAUGUUUUAUAUGGAAAUGCACUAAAACAAACUCCUUUAAAUGGGAAACAUUGCAGCACUGCUUCAUUUCAGACCAAAGUGAUCAUAAACAAUGAUGGGUAGAUUUACAUUAAAGUGACACUACAAUUUCUGGAAUUGCCCAGAUCCUAAUUUAGAAAACUACAGCUGGAUAUAGUCUCAGAAAAUCUCCAUGCAUGGUAUUUUCUAAAUUGCCAUCUAUUUUAUUUAAAGAUAGUAAAUUUGCAGCUUUAUUAUAUGAUGUAAACAUGUAUACAAUUUCUUGUUCAAUUACUGUAUCAUGUGUUUUAUAUGUAGUGGAUGUGUAGAAUGGGGAAGAUUGCAACGUGCAAUAAAGUUUCACUUGUAACAUUGCAAUCUCUCCUGUUUUAUUUGAGAGGACUGCAGUGAGACAAAUAUAAGUCAGUGUCAUGAAGGUUAAUGUACAAAAAGAAAUGCUGCUUUGGGUUAUUAAAGAUAAUGAAAAUGUACCUUUUCCUACACUGGGCCAUUUUUUCAUGACUGCUAGUGUCAAUUUUCACCAACUUUUAGAUAAACAAUUCGGAGGAAAUUUUUCUUCUCUCCUUUUAUCCCCAUAUCCUACUUCCAUGGGGGAUUUGAGAAAUAAAAUGAGAUUUUAUAUUGCCCAUUUGUUUCCUGACAAUGUUUUACUUUAUAAAAGUGUUUUAAAUUUGUAGCCAAGACUGGCAAUUUCUGACAACCCUUGAUUUUUGCCUGAAAUUUUAGAAAUUAUUAAAAAUAUUGUUGGUUUGUUUGGCAGUGAAAUUUAAAUUUCAAGCAUUUUUGGCAAUGCAAAAUAUGUGAAUGCAGUUGUUUAUAAUAACCUCAGAAGUAGCUGGUUGUAUUCAUAAUGUACUCUGUUUACAUCAUAAAAUAUAUUUGAGGAACUUAAUUGUAAUGCCUGUAUUAAUGUUACAUAUUCUGGUGUUAUUGCUUUCAGAGUACUGGACAACUUUAUAAUGGUUUGUUAAAUACAAAUACAGCACAAAUCUAUUUUAGUUUUUUUUUUCAAACUUUUGUUCUCUUAAAGAACGAUGUGUCUGUAUAUAAAUUGUGUCCCUGUUGCUUGUUUGACAUUCAUGGACUAUACUGGUUUGAUGUGUCAUUUUGGGGAAGCUAGUCAUUUACAGUAGUUGUGAAUGAGGACAUAUAAAAACAUUAUUGCUGCUAGCUUUUGCAGUGGUGAACAUCAAAUAAACUAAAAUUUGUAUUAAUUAUGUUUCAGAUGGUUUAAAAAUAAAAGAAUAUCUGACCACUCUACCAUUUUUGUAUCAGUAAUUGGAGCAUUAUACCCACUUUCAGUACA